CACCCUCGAUUUGCUUUAGUCAGACUUACUUAGAGUUGCACCAAAAAGGCCAAAAGUUGCUUGCCAGGCACCCAACCUCUGUUGCCAGGCCUCUCGAAGGAUUCCCUGCCUUUUCCGCCGAUGCUGACCGGCCUGCCUGGUUGGCUGCCACUUUGGCUUUUUGCUCCCAUUGCCGACUCACCGGCCGCCGGUUGAGUCACUCAUUGGAGGAGGUGGUUGAACGAGAGAGGGGAUAAAGAACGUGGGAUAGACGGACAGGUUUCUGGCAUCACAUCGCUAUUUCUUGCACUAUUUCCCCAGACGGACAGCCCUUCACCGCAAACCAGCAAACCAGCAAAACACCAUGGCAGGGUCGUCGACCAAGCAGCUGCCAGCCAACCUGGAGUAUAUCCAGUAUGAGCACCGGCUGGAGGGCCAGUAUCUCCCCGCCAUCCGGGCCCUCAUCUCAAAGGACUUGAGUGAGCCAUACAGCAUCUACGUCUACCGUUACUUUCUCUGCCAGUGGUCUCACCUUUGCUUCAUGGCCUUGGAUCCAGAGGAUUCAUCCCUCAUCGGCGUCAUAGUCUGCAAGCUGGAGGUGCACUCAUCUCACUCGCCUCCAACUCGGCGAGGGUACAUUGCCAUGCUGGCCGUGGCGUCGCAUUUCCGUGGGCGGGGAGUUGCCACCGCUCUGGUGAAGAAGGCCAUCGAUGCCAUGGCAAACCGCAAUGCCGACGAAAUUGUGCUGGAGACUGAGGAGACCAACACAGCUGCCAUGAAGUUGUACGAAGGCCUUGGCUUCAUUCGAUCUAAAAAGUUGCAUCGGUACUACCUUAACGGAAAUAGCGCCUAUCGACUUAUCCUCUUACUCAAGGCCGUCGACCCGGAUCAAACCUCUCUCUACGAUGAACGGCAAGUCACAUAGCUUGCAUCGAGCUGUUGUCGUGAUGUCCAUACAAAUAGAGAGAAGGAGGUUCCUCGGGGAUAUAUCGGACUGUUAUAGAGAGGCGGCAUUUGGGUUGGCGUGGCAUGGCACGACGUGACAUGAUAUGAAAGUCAUUAAAAAAACUUGGCGUUUAGCAUAUUGGUAUCUACUUGUCCUAGCAUACAUUGUGUUUUAUUCAGUCGGCUUGAUACUCAUGGGUACAUCUCCCAUUGGUUAUUUCGGUAUUGGUAUCAAAGUAUUGCAGCAAUUUAGUGUACAUUUCUUGUUGUUUUACCAAUUUGAGAAGAUGAUCUCUAUUUGGUGUCCUCUCAAGCUCGGCGAGGAAAUACGUCGCCAGAGCUAUAAAUAGAUGCCCUCAACCCCC